AUGGCCACUAAAGUCGCACCUAAACAGUUCCACGAGAAGCUUGUCAAAGCAAAUGAGUCUACGACCGAUCGUUGGGAUGUGAUCGUUAGUUAUACCAAGGAUAAGCUGCAGCCUCUGUUGGAUAGAGACUGGUCUCAAGCGAUUGGCGAGACUACUGUUUCCAUUACACAUUCCACGGGCCAUAAGCAGUAUGACCGCACCACGACAUACACCAUAACACUGGCCUCGCCUCAUUUCGAGUUUGAUACCAAAGAAAUUGAUGGCGGAAGUCUCUCCAGAGCAAAGAUUACAUGGGGCUUCACGGGCACAGCGCAUGUGAAACUCAACAGCGGAGAGGAUAAAGGGACCGAACAGUUGACAGCCGAAGAUGGUUUGACCUUGACGGUCAAAACACCGAUAAAUGCAAUUGAAGACGGUGAUGCAAGCAAUGAUGAAAAGACAAGCCAUGACAUGAUCGAGUUUACCGACGGAGUCAGGUCUUCCUACAAGGUGAUCCUGCAGUUCAAAAGUACGGAAGAUACUCUCUGGGAAGUCAAUUACACCAAAAAGUCCGAUACAGCCGAAGAGCUGCAAGAUGUGGCAGAUGAUAUUGGCGCUGAGCUGAACAAUCAGGACAAAAUCAAGGGUUUCAAAUUCACGCUGGGCGAGGUUAACAACACCCCCAAUCCGAAUGACUUUGUGCUCACCCCUAAAAAGUUCUGUUUCGGCGUCUUCAAAGACAUCUUUUGUAUCUUUAUCCAUGUUGAAGGAGGCGAUGGGACCGGGUCGGUUGGAACACCACAAUUCAAACUCCUACACGAGGAGGGCAUUGCCCCUAUGCCCGAUGGCUACGAUGCCAGUAUAAUCCUUUCCAGAAACUUGAUCCGCGACAAAUACCUCAUCCCACAGAUCGCAGACAAAUGCAAAGAUAUUCUGCGAACCGAGGAUCCAAUCGUGGCACAAGAUGCGACACUGGGGCCUUCUAUUGGAUUGAAAUUCCAGGAUAGCAGAGUUUGGGAAGGCCACAAAUACACAGCCGGUCCGACGGAUGAAGAUGGGUAUAUCUCAGUGGAUUGGGACAAACAUCCUCUCGUUCUCACCUUGUUUGAUGACCCCUCGACUCUACACCCGCAGUAUAAAUGGGAGUGGAACGACGCCGAGGUAACCCUGACCUAUUUCGUGUAUAAUGCAAAAUUAGGACGUGUAGGGCAAGAUAUAACCAUCAAAGGAAAGAUAUCUCAGAAUGCGUCCUCUGUGGCGACCCUGUCUGGCGACAACCUAAAAUUUCACAUCGCCUUCUCAAGCAACAAUCAGCCAGAUGCCUCGUUCAAAGACGUGGGACCUGUUGGGUUGAGUGGCUCGGUCAAGUUCAAGACCUUUGACGUCUCGCUUCUCGAUAUCAACUUCUUUCGGACGCAGAAUGUGCUUGCGCCUGGACAGCGAUUCAUCAGUGCUAAGGAAACCAUGUGUCCUUGCGAUUUUUUUAUUUUUGGAUCGAUGGAGGAUGCGAAGAAGUAG